AUGAAUAAUUCAAUAAAAUAUGAUGAAUAAUAAAAUUCGAAGAGGUUUGAUACUCAAUUUAAUAAAUAGACCUAAGCUCUAUUUAGAAGACAAGUAUCUUAACAAGAAUUUAAUAAUACUUGGAAAGUUUAUGGAUUCAAUAUAAUUUUAAUAGUUCUUAAAUUUAUAAAAGCAAUAACAAAAUAGAAAUUUACAAAUUCGUUGAAAUAGCUUAAUCAUAAAUUUUUUAAGUUGCUAAAAGAUAAUACAGCUGAUUAUCAUUAUUAUUAGUAUAGAGGGUAUUUGAAAAAAGUUAAUCUUGAAUGUUAUAUGAGUUCAUUGAAUAAUAAAUUCAAUUUUUUGUAAUGUAGUAAGUUUCAUUAAUAUAGAUUUUAGAAGAAAUUGCGUAAAGAGAAUCCUAUAAGCUUUUUUAUUGGAACCAGAUGACACAAUAAUAAUAAUUUGGAAUAUUUAUUUUUUAUGGAUAGUAACAAUAAAUGUUUUGUUUGUAUCUUUGAGAUUAUCUUUUGAAGAGAUAGUUGAGAUGGAUUGGAACUUAAAAGAUUUCAUUUUUGAAUAAUUACCAACUUAUUCAUUUUUAUUAGAGAUUAUAAUAAAGUUUAAUACUUGUAUUUACAGUAGAGGCGUAUUAAUAAAAAAUAGAAAAAGAUUAAUAAAGAGAUAUAUUAGAAGAGAAUUUUUAAUAGAUAUGGUUUUAAUAAUUCCCUUUUUUAUAGGAAGACAAUUAGAUUUUAUAUAUUUAGAUUUAAUAAUUAUAUUAAAAAUGUUUUAAAUAUCUAAAUUAACUUACUCAUUAUUUAAUCGUUUAGAAUUAACUUAGCAAUAAACAGCUAUUUUUGAAUUAGUUAAAUUGAUGUAAAUUAUUUAUAAUAACAAAAUAGUUUUUUUAUUUUAUUAUGUGCACAUUUUUCAGCUUGUAUUUGGCAUAAAUUAGGAAUUUGGGGGAACUGGGGAAAUGUAACUUCAAUUACUUGGUUGAAAAAUUAAUAACUUUAAGAUUCCUUAUGGAUAGAUAGAUAUAUCGUUUCAUUUUAUUGGAGUAUAGUCACUAUGACAACUAUUGGUUAUGGUGAUAUCACUCCAGUAAAUUUAACAGAAAGACUGUUUUGUAUUGUUAUGACUUUGAUAUCAACUGCUACGUUUGCUUAUUCUGUUAAUAGUAUUGGAUAGAUUUUUAAAGAUAUGUCUAAAUAAUCUGUUUAAUUUAAAACUAAUAUGAAUAGUUUAAAUAAAUUCUUAAAAAAUUAGAAAAUAUCACCUGCUUUGUAAAUUCAAUUUAGAAGAUAUUUUGAAUAUUUUUGGAGCAAACCAUCUUAAGAAGUAAUCUAAUUUCAAGAUUAGAUUCCUAAAUAAUUGAAGGAUUUAAUGAUUGUAGAGAUUAAUAUGAAAAUGCUUAAACAAUUAGAUUUAUUCAAAUAAUUUAGCAAUUCUUUACUUAAUACACUUUGUUUGGAAUUCUAAGAAUAAUAGUUGUAACCAGAUGAAUAUUUAUUUAAAUUAAAUUAUAGAGCUGAUAAAUUAUAUAUUUUAGUAAAUGGACAAAUAGAUUUAUUUGUUUGGAUAAAUAAAAAAAAAAGAAUCUUUGAGAAAAUAAAGAAUCCUGGUUUAAUAGGAUAAUUGAAUUUUUUUCUAAAUACUUAAUACAAUUAUGAAGCAAUAGCAACUAAAAAUAGUAAAAUAUUAAUUAUAGAUCGGUAAUCCUUAAUUAAAAACAUAAAAUAGAGUGAAAUUGACUAUGUAUUAUAUUAUUAUUAUAAAAAAAGGAAAUAUAUAAAAACUUUGAGGAUGAUAUAAAAAUUAAGCAAUAACUUGAUAAAAUUUAAGUUUAAUGUUCAGUUUGUUGUAAAUCGAAUCAUUUAGUUCUUUAAUGUCCACUUUUUAUAGGUUGUAUUAAUAGAACAAAAGUUUUAUAUCAUUUAAGACAUAAUAUUCUUCAAUAUAGAAGUUUUUAAUUCAGAAACAAUUAAGAUAGAAGAAUAUCAACUAAAAAACAUCAUUAUCAUGUAAUGGAAAGUUUAUUAAUUUAUAUUAUGAAAAAUGAUGAGCUUUGUAAUCUGGAAGGAAUCAAAAAAUGUAAAAUAUUAAAAUUAAACUAGAAUUUUAAGCAGUUCUUAAAUAAUAAUAAUAAUAUGAAGAAAAAAUGACUUAAACUUAAUCUAAUUAAUUAUCUAAUUAAAUAUCUUUAUCAUAAAAUAUGCCAGCAUCAAUAAUUUGUAAAUCUAAUCAAUCUCUACAUAAUAAUUAAUAAAUAUAAAAUCAGAAUUUAUAAAAGAAUAAUCCUUAAUUAUCAAGACUAGAAGUACUUUCAGAAAAGUAAAAUUAAUUUGGAAUUUUAAGUUAAUCUUAAGAUAUAAGACUUAUAACAGCAUUAAAUAAUUAAAAAAUAUAACCAAUAUUAGAAGAACCAUAAACAAAAGAAGAAAGAACUGAUAAAUUAUCUGUUAACCUUAGUUAAUAAUUAGCUUAAGUUUAAAAAUAAGAAAAUUCAAUCUUACCAGAUACAAAAGAACCUUAAUCGAUUCAAUUUAAAAUCCACUCAAUUAGAUAAAAAUUUGAAAAAUAACAUACAGAUCUUGAUGUUUAAAAAAAUAGAUAAAAAUAAUUUAAACGAUUGGUUACUGAAAAAGAAGAUAAUUCUGAAAGAUUUUCUAAAUAAUUUGGAUUUAAUAAUAAAAGUCAUAUUAAUUCAUAAUGGAAAAAGGAUCAAUAAGGACAAAAUAACACAAUUAGGAAGUAGAGUGCAUAUGAUUAAAUAAAUUAAAUGGAAAAACUUCAAGAAAAUGUCUUUAACAAAUAAUUUAAAUUAGAAGAAACUCCUUCGGCUUUAGAAAAUUCAAUGAGUUAUUCAAUUAAAAAUAACAUCCUAAAACCAAACAUUGAAAUUUACUAAGUGAAUGAAUAUAAUAAUGAAUAGAAUUUUAAUUAAGAAAAAGACUUAACAAAUUUAUAUUUAGAGGAUCAACUUUUGAAAAAUAAAUAAAGAUUUUUUGAUAAGUAAAUUUCAUUUUAAGAACCUAUUUAAAAUUAAAUUGGGCAUUUUCCAUUAUAAGAUUUUAAAGCUCUAGAAUAAAGCAUGAUAACAUAGUAUGAUAAAAUUAAAUUGAAGGAAGAAUUGUUACAAUAAUAAUUUGAUAGAUAAUAAACAAUAGUUACUAAAAAUAAAGAAAGUAAAGAAAGUAAAGAAACUAAGGAAGGUAGAGAAGUAAUUAAUCCAAAAACAUUUCGAGGCCUACCUAUUAAAGUUAAUUCAGAUGAUUCAUCAGAUGAAGAUAUUAAUGGAUAAAAACUAAUUAGAGGUUAAUAUAUUGAAAUCUUUAGACAUUUUGAAAAAGUCAAAGAAUUUCAGGCUUUCUACCCAAAAAAUAAUAUCUCGUAAAUUAUCUUGUAGGUAUUCAUAUUUUCUAUUUCUAGUUAUAACAAUUUGAUUUUAAUUUAUAGUAGAAUUUUAUGAGGAGAAGAAAAGUUAAAAAAUAAGAUGCUAUUAUCAAUCUACUCAAAAAAGCAUAGCAUCUAAUUCGCAAAAGUUAAUAAUGA